UUGGAUACACUGAGGAGAAUGGCUGCGAUGUUUACGUGUUGCUUCAGCUGCUGCGGGGAAGGUGGAACGGGGCAUAUUCCCCUCAAAGAGAUGCCCACCGUCCAGUUGGACACCCAUCACAUGGGCACUGAUGUUGUCAUCGUGAAGAGCGGCCGGAGGAUAUGUGGCACCGGAGGCUGUCUGGCCAAUGCUCCUUUGCACCAGAACAAAAGUUAUUUUGAGUUUAAGAUCCAGUCCUCUGGUGUGUGGGGAGUCGGUGUGGCCACCCAGAAAGUCAACCUUAACCAAGUGCCUUUAGGCAGAGACACAAACAGCUUAGUCCUGAGGCAUGACGGCUCUGUGUACCAUAACAACGAGGAGAAGAAUCGGCUACCAGCGAAUAGCCUUCCCCAGGAGGGUGACAUCGUGGGCAUCACGUACGACCACGUGGAGCUGAAUUUAUAUCUGAAUGGGAAGAACAUGCAUUGUCCUGCCUCAGGUAUCAGGGGCACCGUGUACCCUGUUGUUUAUGUGGAUGACAGCGCCAUAUUAGACUGCCAGUUUAGCGACUUCUAUCACACAGCUCCACAAGGAUUUGAGAAGAUCCUCUUCGAACAACAAAUCUUCUAA